UCAGCCUAUGUCAUAUUGAUUAUUAUAACUUGGUGAUGCCGCCACCCAACUCAGUCAUGCAGCCCAUUUCCGUUCUUUGGAUUCUAGCAGUGGAUUCCUCGCUUCUUCCGCCUCCUUCCCGAUCCAACACAAUUGGAUCUCCGGCAGAAGAUUGAAGAGGAUAAGAAGCACCGCCUCACCGAAGUUGUUGAUGUGGUCGGCAACGCCUGCAGAGUUUCCCGCUUUCUCUUCAUUUCUCGAGAUGACGACGUGCCCGAAGUCAUCGUAUCGAUCUCGUUAAAAUCACUACUGAAUCCUCGGUGCCUUGCUUGGAUGAGGAAGGGGGAUUAGUGUUGCAAGGAAACGAGAUUGCUGCCAUCGGGAAGGUGCGAGAUAAUAAUGGUGGAUGAGAUUGAAGAUAAUUUGAAGGUGCAAAAAAGAUAGUUCAUCCGCUGUCAUCUGUUUUAUUUAUUUUUGUGAUGAAGCAGUACCGCUGCAUCCACUCAGCAAUCUGUAUAUGCACUAAACGCCAUCUAAGUGAGGAUGCUAUAUUUCUUAUAUUUCAGCACCUCAACUGGAAUCCUAGAUUAAUUGCAGUAAUUUCUUGUGUUUGCAAAUGGUUUGAUGAUAUUGCCAAACGAGUGCUAUGGAAGGAGUUCUGUCGAAGCCGAGCUCCAAAGAUGAUGUUAGAUUUGCAAUCUAGUGGUAGUCAAACUGGGUAUGGGAACUGGAAAGCGCUUGCCAAACUUCUAACAUAUUGUUCUGGAUGCAGCAAAAAGGGUCUGUUUAAUAGCAUGCAUAUCCCAAGUCACUUUGUCCAUCAAACACGUUUUUCAAGGACAUCAGGCCAAAGCUUUCUCAUUCCACAGUGUAGAACAGAUGUCCUGUAUGUCUCAGACCCUUGUGAGCAUAUUGAUCAGGCAGAGGAUUGUGAUGUGGGGUUUUUUCGUGGUGUCUUCAAGUCAUUUUUUGUCUCAAAGGUCAGGAAGAUGUUGGUUGACAGGGGAGCUAAAUUCGAUCCAACUGAGGCUUGUCCAUAUUGUAAAGCAAAGAUGUGGAGCAUGCUACAGGCAAAAAUGAUACCCAAGAGUGCGGGCAGCAGAUUGGGUUCUUAUGAUGAUUGCAUAGAUUAUUAUGUGUGCUUGAAUGGACAUCUACUUGGCAGGUGCACACUGUUACCCCUAUCCUCCGAUUCUGAAGGGACUUGUGAAGUAGAGUGAUCUUUGGAACUCUUUGGAACUUUUUUAGAGGGUAAUACACCUAAAUUUCAAAUUUCACAUAUGCCUCCUAUUUGUGCUUGAAAAGGUGUAUUUCACUUUUUAA